AUGUUUAGGAAGAAAUCUUCAUCUCUCACUCAGUCACAGACGACCAAAAGCAUUGUAGUCAGUGCUAAUCCAAUGAUGCCUGAAAGUCAUAAACGAAAGAGAGCCACAGUGGAAAGCAUAUAUGAUACUUCCCAAGCUCAGUCUUCUGUUCUGGAAAGAGCACAGGAGGUUGAAGUAAGCCUAGGUCCUAAGUUCCCUAGCCUACUCAAAGUUAUGCUCCCAUCACAUGUUACUGGAGGAUUCUGGCUGGGUCUUCCUAAGAAAUUCUGCCGUGAGCAUUUGCCAAAACAGGAUAUAAUGAUUGCUCUGGAAGAUGAAAAUGGAGAGGAAUUCGAAACAAAAUAUCUGGCGGAUAAGGUGGGACUGAGUGGUGGAUGGAGAGCGUUUUCAAUUGCUCACAAGCUCCUGGAAGGAGAUGUUAUAGUUUUCCAUCUAGUCACUCCUUCCAAAUUUAAGGUGUAUAUUGUGAGAUCAAAUGGAUUAGAUGAACUUGAUGGCGCUCUUGGCCUUGUGAGAUUAGAUGCUUGCAAAAAAAUGGACACUGGUAAGUUGUCUCAAAAUUCACAAAGUUAUUUCGCCAAGUGGCUUGACAGUCAUUCUUCUUACUUUCUUCAAGGCAAAGCGCGCAUUAUGAAUUUAGUCUUGAAUCAUGCAGGAGACACUACUGCAUGUGAAAGGGAAGAAAGUGAGACUUUGGAACCCAUUUCAGAGGACAAUGCAAUAGCCUUUAAUACAAAAUCUUGUCCAAUAUCAGACCACUCUGAAAGUGAAAGUGGAGAUGUUGGUUUUGAAGUUCUGGAUGGACUUAGACUUUCAGAAUCUGUUGUCACAUUCGAAGAAGUGAAAUGCAUGGAUGACUUCAACGUUCUGGUCAAUGGUUUAAUCAUAAAUUCUGAAUUUUCGAAAUACAUUUUGAACAAGUAUUAUGAGCUUUGUUGCAGUCAAAACUCUUUCCUUCAUGAACAUCUUCUUGAGGGUCUGAACUGCAAACUAGUGGCUGGAGUAAUUUCUGAGACCGUAAACAUUGCAGAUGCCAUCAGGGCGUGCAAUUUUACAACCCCAGAAGGUAAUUUUUCCACUUGGGAUCAGACUUUGAAAGCCUUUCAGGGUUUAGGCAUGAACAUCGGAUUCCUUCUAGCCCGGCUAGACCAGCUUGUAAGUCUUGCUUCAAAAUCAAAAAGAUUUAAAGAGGCUAGACUUGAAAAGGACCAGGCAGAAGAAGAGAUGAGGAGCUUGGAGGCGAAGCUUUUGGAAGUAAAAGAGGCUGUAAGUAGGCUUGAAUCUGAGAUUGAGACUCUAAAUACAAGUUCAGAGAACCUUGAGCUUACGUUCCAAGAGGUUGCUAAAGCCUCUUGGUGA